AUGGCCUCGCCGGCCAUGCACCCCAUAAGACCGGGCGUCGUCGACCCACGGCGUCCGGGAGAGUACCCUAUCGUCUUGGGCGACAGCUUAAAAAAAGACGGCAAUUCGAACAGCUUCAUUAACAUACGCUACAACUGGCAGCCUAAGGCCGGCUUCCAGUCACGAGACAGCACGUUGACCGAGUCCGGCGACAAAUACUCACUUGUCGUGCAGGGGGAGGACUCGGAUGAUGGAGAGUAUCGGUACAAAGGCACUCUUCAGCCUCACAAAUCUGGCACCAACAAAGAGCCCUCGACCUCUUUAGCUCUUGUAUUUGACAAAUCCAAAUCAGCAUUCGUGCUUGAAUCAUUAUCGGCAUCUCUAGAUAUGAAUCUCAAAUCCGGCCCAGGUCAGCCGGCCAAGGACGCUCGAGAAUUACCUCAGCUAUCUUCGGAUAGACAGCCCUCCAAGCACUCAUCACAAGCCAACGGCGACAACAGUGCACCUCCAUCACCUAAUGAUGAAGGACCAGAUCCCUCAAACCCUUACGACUUUCGAAACUUCCUCGCCGAGGCACGCGAGAACAUCGACAAAUCCUCGCAGCAACAAGGGAACUGGACGCCGAACCCGGGCGGCAUGACCCCCCUUAGCGGCGUAUCCACGCCCGUACCAGGCUCCAGCCGCUUCAAACCCACAACACCACAAUUCCGGCCGACCACCAAAGCACCGCAUAAGGCCAACAGAAGCCCUGAACGUCCUCGCGCACGCGCAUCGAGUGGUGCAUCAAAGACGGUUUCGAAACGCGACGCAACCGCAGCGUCGGCGACAAAAGCAUCCACCCAGCAACCCCUGAGCAAAGCGCGGAUUACUGAUUCCGACGAGGAUUCCGACGACGACGACAACACCACAAUAGCCGUGUCCAGAAGCAAGAACCCGGCCCCGACUUCGACCACCAAAACGGCCAAGUCCUCCGCCCAGCCGGCGCGCAAAGCUCACCAGCAGCACUCGCGCAAUAUAUCGGCCGCAACCGACGCGUCGCCGCACAUCAUCAUCAACGACAACGACGGCGACCUCGAAAUCGACAUGGGCAGUCCACCGCCCGAGGACCACCGCGCCCGCCGCGCACGUGUUGAUCCCGAGAUGUUCCGCAGCCACACGGGCACCCCGAUCGGCGGGGUAUCAUCCAACGCCGCGAAGCCGCCGUCAUCGUCGACUAGAGGGUUGCCUCGUUCGAACGACAAGGACAGUGCCCACGGUCGCGCCGGCACCGCUGCCGGAGCCAGGGACAGGGACGGGGAUAUGAGGAUGAAAGACAUCGAAGCCGACUCGGACGAGGACGGUGAUGUCGAGGAGUUCGAACUGGGCAGUCCGCAGGAGAAACAAUCCAGUGUGCCUAUCGGAGGGGAUGUGUCGAAGCUGGGAGACGACGAACGACGGCAACGGCGACAGCAACAUGAUUCUCAACAAUCACCACAGCAUGCGACUGCAACGGCAGCAGCGGCAGCAGCAGCUCCUCCCCCUCCUCAGGCCGCGCCAGAAGAUGAAGACGACGAAGGGUUCCUCGAGGCCGCGCUCGAGGCCGCAUUCGGCGAGGAAGACGACGAACAAGCCGGACACGGUGUCGGGUUGGGCAUCGGCAUGGGUGUGCAGGAUGACGAGAGCGAAGUCAGCGAGGAGGAAUAG